GAGAAUGCUGCAGCUGACAAGUUAGAUCAAGAGAACAAAGGACCAGCUCCUCCUACUGGUACAAACAAGCCAUUGAUAGGAGGUCCUCCACUCUCUCCUAUUGCAUUAAUGGAUAUACCAGAUGAUAAACCUACAGUGUCUGAAUUGAUAGAGUUUUAUGAGUUAUUGAUCAAAGGACAACUGGAGGAGUCUCUACCACUGCUUGAUCCUGAUACUAUAAGAAAGAUUAGAAAUGCUGCUACUGCUGAUGAAGGAAUGUCUCUUCUUAUAAAAGCAUUUGAAGAACAACCAACACUGCUACAUGAAAUCAGACUAGCUACUGGAAAAAUAAAAGGUUCAUCACAGCUAGUAAAGUCUCAUCCCCCAAUAGCACCAAAACCAAAGUCAUUUUCGCAAAGUGGACAACCUCAACCAUUGCCAACAGCACCUAAAGCACGUCGACCAUCACUAACUGUAAGUCGACAAGUUUCACCAACAGAACCUACUAGCAUAACAAGUGAUAAAGCUGUGGACCAAUCAUCACUGAAAAUUGGGCCACACCAAACACAGUUAAUCCAUGUUGAGCCCCACUCAAGUCCCACAGUAAUACAACUCAGUUCAAAGGAAGAAGUUGCUCGGAGUAUUGAAUCACUACAUGAUCAGUUUACUGGUCUUGUCACUAAAAUAAGGAAACGUUUUACUGAGCUUGUCUUCAAUGAGAAAUUAGAAGCAGAUGAUGUUGCAUUUCAAGCAGAAGAAUAUUUGGGGCAAGAUUUAAAAUUAUUGGAAAUCAACAUGCGCGCUAUAUUCAAUGCCAUUAGACCUCAUUAUAACUUCUUCAAUUUUGGGUUACUCAAGAGUUUAGUACAUCAUUUCAUCCCCUCAUCAGAUGAUAUUCAUACUGAACUAACUCAAUACAUUAAUAGUGUUGAUAAAUUUUCAGAAUCAUCACAAUUGAAGCACAUACGAUCAACAAUCAAAGAGAAAUUGUCAUCAUUACCAGCAGUAGCCUCACCAACCACUAGUGAUCAAACAAAGGUUGUUAUUAAAUUGAAUGACAGAUGGGAAGAAAUUACUUUUAAAAAUUUUAAAAGAGUUCUUCAGCAUUACUUUGGGCAUAAAAUACCAGAUAUUUCUACCGUAGUGGACAUUGAUUUUGGUUCAGUUGUCAUUACACUGUUAAUACCAACCUCGCUAUCACAGUCUAUUAUUGAUACCAUCAAUAACAAAACAAACUCAAUGAGUAGAUUAGGAAUAUUGGAAGUUGCUGUUGACAAUAAAGUAAUUCCUAUCAGAAGAGAAGACGAUAACAAUUUUGACAUUUCGCUCCAUGAAUCAGUUAAAGCUGGUGAUAGUUUUGAAGUAUCAAUACUACUGCAGUUAGGAGCUGAUCCUAACAGUAAAGAUGAGAGAGGAAAGAGUGCAGUAGAGAUAGCUAAUGAAGGAGGACACACUCAAAUAAAAGAAAUACUAUUAAAAACUGGAGUAAGAAAGACUGGAGAGGUGAAGUGGACCAAGGAUAGUGUAAUUCUCACUGAACCAUCAGCAGGUCAAUGUCAGGAAGUGAUCAGUCAACUAACAGCCAGUCAUCAGAACAUUUAUCUCUAUGACGCAUCACUUGACCUUGUACGCUUACUACUGUCACAUGUACUGGAUAAAAGAACAAUAAAGAGCAUUUAUAUGGAAUACACUAAGAUAACAAAAGAUGUCAUCCUUUUACUGUCGCGCAAAAUAGCAAGGAAUGCUUCAUUAGGCACACUAGACAUUAGUAACAAUUCCAUAAAAGAUGAUGGAGUCAUUGCACUAGCACAAUUGUUAAUUUAUAACAAAACAAUUACUCGAUUACAUCUUAAUGACAAUACUGACAUCACUUCAACCAGUGCUCAGUCACUAGCUGAACUUUUACUCUACAACCACACACUAUCUUACCUUUACCUCCACCGUACUAACAUUGAUACUGAUGGAGUACUGGUACUGAUGGAAUCUCUCAGGACCAAUAAUACACUAAGGAUACUAUAUCUAGACAAGAAACAUAAACAAACUUGUUCUUCUUUACCUUAUUAUAUAACUAUUAAAAACAGAUUAUACUUUAGGUAGUAUUAUUAAUUUUUGUUAUAUUUUAAUUUUGAUUUGGUGGAUAAGUUUGAAUAUCAUUAAAAGUGUUUUUAUUAGUCAUUGUUUUUAAUAGUUUUAUGAUAUCUUUGCUUUAGAGAAUUCCAUUGUUCCAUAAAUCUA